AUGGAAUCCAACUCUAACAAUACCUCUUCGUCAGCCUCUGCUGGCGCUAUCGCGGCCAGAACCCAACAGUGCCUCAAUGAGAUGAAGUCUCUCCCAAAGCCCGCGAGAGUUGUACUUAUCGUCGGUCGAGCCGGAGUUGGGAAAUCCUCCCUUCUCGAAGACCUCACCGGAUCGACUGGACAUUCGCAGCAGACCGUUGACAAUGUUGCCGUGAAAUUUGAAAUUGAAAAAGCCGUCCUUGACAACGACGACUACUUCAUCCUGGACACUCCCGGCUUCACUGCUGGGAAUGAACACCAAACCUUCCACGAGAUUGUCCGUGGCAUCCAAGCCAUCCGUCCGUUUGCUCACAUCGCUGGAAUAGUGCAUGUCACACACAUUCAUCAGCGUUUUGAUCAAUUCGACGAAAAGCUCGUCCGUUUCACGAAUGCCCUUUGUGGCCAGGCCUACUCGAAGCUGACUUUGGUGACUACAUUCUGGACAGCGCAAGGUCAAAAGCAGCAAUCUAUGUUUAAUGAACAGCUCGACCUGCUUCUUCAUCGCUGGCGGGAUGUUGUUGGUGUUGGCCAAGCCAAGGUCAAGACGUAUCAGCACGGAAGACAGUACGAGGCAGGACAGGAUACGGGAGAAUUCUUGAAUUGGUACGGCGACCGAGAUGAGAUUGCGCAACACGCAAAAGAUAUGAUAACUCGCAGCUUUGGCGGGCAACCAAGGCGUGCCCCGAGAAUCAUUCAGGAACUUGAAGACAGCAUUCCCCUCUAUGAUACCGCCGCAGGGAGGGUUCUUGGCAUGCUCCGGGAAACCAGGCGUGCUACAUCGUCUGCAGGCAUGGCCGAUGAUGCGCCCCAGGAACGAUACCAAGUUCCCCGUGACGAGUGGGAGCCGCCAUCCUGGCACGAACCACGACCAGGACCGACCUCAACUCCAAGAUCUCACGUACAGGCGGACAACACCGCGCCUCAGAUUCCCUGGGGAUCGAUCUUCGAUUUUGUGAAAGAAGGCUGUUCGUGGCUGAUGAGGAACAAUUUGGGUCCCGUUGCGAGCCAAGGCGCCGGUGGUCCAAGUUUCGGUGCGAGCGCUUCCUACCGUGGAUUUGGGGAUCCAAACUCUGUCGUCGACGUUAUGAAGUCGUUCGGUAUGGAUUCGAGCCUUAGCGGCAGGCAAGCAUACGCCGCUGCCAAUGGCAUUACCGGCGCAGUGGGCUCUGCGGCCUGGAAUACCGCGAUUCGGAGGCAUCUCAGCGGUAGUUUCUGA